CCCUCCUCGUAUUCGCGAGAUUUAGAGUACUGAUGUCGAGACAUGCCGCCAAUGGGCCCGGUAACCUCCGCGUUGAUGCUCUACUCGCCUUCGAAAAUGCUUUGACGAUUCCCAUUUCUGCGACUGACGACUUUCGUCCAGACAUUCGCUGCGCAUGUCCAUAACCAAUGAAAGCCUUGUGUUUCUUCCCUAAUAUCUUCCUUCGCCCUCCACACUUCUCUCAAAUGUCAACCUAGUCUCGUCUACCCACCUCCUCAUAGCUCCUCAUCCCUCCCGAACCACACUCAACAUGCGUCUCCCUUCCUACCUGGCCAUACGUACACGGCAUCGCGCUUGAGGACCCGAAAGUGCUUGGGCAGCUGAAGAUGACGUACCCGAGGAUGUGGAUUCAUGAGAGUAUCGUCGAGCUCGCCUCCAUCUUUGAACAAAAAUAUGCCACCUUUUCCUCCGAACGCGCCCUCCUCCUCCCGUCCUCCCACCUCGCCUCCCUCUCCAACAAAUGGCUUAUCACGAGCGCCUCAUCUACUACCAAAUCUACUACCGCGACCGUCACCGCGUUGCCAGCUGCUUGCCUCCUCUCAUCCGAACAAAACCAACUACAUCCAGCGUCUACCUGCCCCGAGGUCCAAGUCUACGUGGUGAUGGUUCAGGAGCAAUAUUGGACGCUCACCGUGGGUCUCAGGACGCAUUGUGGGUUUGGGGUGAGCAGUCGGUUGGCGGAGCGGUAUUCGGCGUUGUUAGAUGGACAUGGCGAGAAGCACGGGCAGGAGGGACUCAGAUCGUUGGAGAAGGAAGGUGUUGUGAAGGCGAAGAUGAACGGGAACGGAAAUAUCCCCAACGGCCAUGUCCUGACCAACGGCGACGCCCCCGCCGUUACUAACAUCAACCAAUCCAUCGACCCGACGCACGCCUCCUUCAACUCUUCCGCCACCUCCGCCGCUCUCAUCUUAGCCGGACCGAAGCCAACAGUAUCAUUCGCGGUCGUAUCGCCUCGUUCGCGUUUUCCGAGUCGAAUCCUAUCAAUGUAGAAGACGUCUUUCUGUUUCCGAAAGGGAUGAUGGCGGUGUGGAGUGCGCAUAGGUUCGUUAUGGAGAGUAUGGGAGAGGGAAGGAGCGUCUGCUUUGGGUUCACGUACUGCGAUAUUAUCAAGUGCCUUAACGAAUGGGGACCGGGCUGUAUCUUCUACCUGGACGGUUCAGAAUCCGACAUCGACGCACUGGAAGCACUGCUCGAGCAGCAGCACCUCAACGCCAAUACUCCGGCUGCCCCUCCCGUAACAGACCUCUUCACCGAAACGCCCUCCAACCCGCUCCUCCGCACCGCCAACCUCCGUCGCCUGCGCCAACUCGCGGAUAGGUUUGGGUUCGUGGUCGUGGUGGACGAUACGGUCUGGAGCUGGUGAAUGUGGAUGUGAUGGGGCCGGGGUAUGCGGAUGUGGGGGUUUGUAGUUCGACGAAGUGGUUUAGCGGGCGGGCGAACGUUAUGGGCGGGAGUUUGAUCCUCAAUCCAUCCUCGUCGAACUACUCCCUCUUGCGUUCGGCCAUUCUCAACACGACGAACAGUCCCUCCGAUAUCCCUUCCUCGGACAUCUUCUUCCCCACCGAAGCCCUCGUCAUGGAAUACAACUCACGCGACUAUCUCCCCCGUAUGCGUAUCCUCAAUCGUCGUGCUACGGUCUUGGUUGAGUUCUUGAGGCGCAAGAUGCAGAUGGAGGAGGGAAAUGGAGGGAAAGGUACGGGAGGUGUGGUCAAGGAAGUCAUGUAUCCCGAUUCACAAACGACGGAGAACUACGAGCUCUGCCGUCGUCGGUCUCCUUUACUCCCUCCGCCCGUCAUCACGCCCCUUCCCUCCGACGCCCCAUCCUCCCUUUCGCACUUAAUCAAUGAUGCAGAUACAGUCCAACCAGGCUACGUUCCCCUCCUCUCACUCCUGUUCCAUACACCAGCUCAAGCACGCACGUUCUACGACGCCCUCAAAAGUCCAAAGGGGACCUCGUUCGGGACGCCGUUUAGUAUGACUUUGCCGUAUGUUUUGAUCGUUUAUGGGGGUCAUUUGGGCGGCUAUACACAUUCGACGGACGGGCGUGCGGACUCGGAUCAGGGCGAAGGAAACGGAGGGAAGGAGGACAAGCAGGAUUUGAGG